AUGGGUAAUGCACCUUCAUCGCCAAAUGCCUCGGCACCUGCUGCCUCACCUACCGCAACUUCUGCAGCAACAGAUUCAUCGUCUCCCUCUUCAAAUCCCACUGGUCCUCACAUAGUAUCAUCCUCUCAACCUAUACGUUCGAGAGCAGGCACUGGUACGGGCUCUGGCACUGGGACCGGCACAAGUGCGGGACCAAGUGGUUCGACUUUCCAUUCUGGAUUAACCCCCCCUCAAGCACCACCUUCACCUCCUCCACCAGGGACACCGAUGCUGUUGCCUUUUGCAGGACAUCUUUCACCUCAGAACCCGCAUUGUUUAUCGCAUCCACAAGCACAUGACUAUUCGAAGGGUACAGUCACACGUCUGAUCCUAGAUGGUAAAUUGGCUCCUUUCUACAGGGGAUUAGAGGAUUUCGAAGAAGACUGGACGAUAGAAGAUAUAGGAAGAAUAUUGACAGAUAUGAGAGAAAAAGAUUUUGAAGAAGGAGUGGAGAACAGUUUUACUGGAAAAUUGAAAGAAGAAAGAGAAGGCGGUUCUUCAGCUGUCGGAAGUGUAGCAAAGAAGAUUGGUCUAAAUAAGAACAAAGAGCAAAGAAAAGAAUUGGAAAAAGAGGAGAGAUAUAGGAGGGAAAAGAAAGCUUAUAGUAAUGCGGUCGAAUGUCCCAUCUGUUUCUUGAAUUAUCCACCUAAUAUCAACACGUCCCGAUGCUGUCAACAACCAGUCUGUACGGAAUGUUUUGUCCAGAUCAAGAGAUCUGAAGCCACGAUCACCCAUUUGGAAUCUGAUUCCGCAUGUUGUCCUUUCUGUAUGGAAACCGACUUUGGUGUGAUCUACGAGCGCCCUCUGAACCCACUUGAAAGUUCGUCCAGUAUCGCUUUGGCAACGUCUCCUGGAUCAGAGGCAGAUGUUUCAGGUUUCAGUCAAGCUCUGAGUUUAGGAAGUGAAUCCGAACUCAACCUUGGUCCUGGCAUGAACCCCAAGACGAAAGAGACUGUCAGAAGGAAGAGCGUCAAUGCUAAAUCUGCCGAAGUGGUUACUAUUGACGAGAUCAGACCGGAUUGGGAAAACAAAUUGAACGCUGUGAAAGCUGCUGCAGCCAGGAAAGCUUCAAGGAGAAUUGUAAUGAGACAGGUCGGUGAUCGACUAAUUCCAAUCGGUUUCACUUCUUCUCGUGCACCAGGCACAGCAGACUUCAGCAUGUCCGUUGGUCAGCAGCCCAGCAGCGAAUCUGGAUCAAGGAGGUCAAGUAGGAGAGGAUCAGAUAGAGGGAGAGAGCUUGAAGAGUUGAUGAUCGAAGAAGCGAUGAGACUCUCGUUGAUGGAUCACGAGGAUCAUCAACGCAAACAAGCUGAUGACCGACGUAAAGCUUCCGUGUCAAGUGUAUCAUCUCCACUCAAUCCAGCAAAUGCAUCUAACCAAAGUUCAAGUUCUUUCUUGGGGUCAUCAUCAAACUCUAGGAAUUCACCUAUCAUCGUGAAUUCCAAUUCUCAUCCGUACUCCAACUCCGCAUCAACCGGUAAUUCCUCUCCUCGAAGAUUUUCCAGUACAGAAACCAAACAGUCUGGAACAAGUAAACUGCUUUCAAAGAUCAAUAACGUUAGAGCAAGAGCAAGUUCAUCUGCAUCUAGUAAAAAUGGUAAAGAAGGAAAUGGAGAUUACAAUAGAUCAGUCACGUUUGCUUCUUCCACUACCAAUCUAGGCGGUCCUGCUUCUGCCUCUGCUAGAUCUUCUCCUCCAGCAUCGACAACUCCAUCAAGAACCAAUAGUGACCAGCCACCAUCACUAGCACCUGCCACUGCCCCGUUGGUAGUUCCAACACCCAUCAAUACGACCAACACUGGACAUUCUAGAUAUACAUCUGCAUCAACGGGUCUAAGCCCAACUUCACCUGCUCCAGUUGCAGCUGGACCAAUAACUACUUUAGCAAGUCCAGAAGCUAAAAGAAGUCAACCCCAAACACAGACUUAUGAUCAGGCUGGUGGAUUACCAAGGUUGAGUUUAGAUAUGCCAGCUUUAGUCCCUAGUCAUCCAGGAGAUGCUGCUGCGGGAGAAUACAAUUCCAAUAAAGGAAAACAACCGACAAGGGCACCACUGGAAAGAAUGGAUAGUGAAAUGAGUGAAGCCACUAUUGGUCCUACCAAUUAUGCUCAAUUAGAUAGUGAUGAAGAGUAG